GUUCUUUCUCCAUAUCUCUCUAUUUUACAAUUAAAAGAAGAAAAGUAUAUUGGGAUAGGCGGCAAUGAAGGGACUGAGAGGUUUCGAUGUCAUUGGUUUAUUCGUAAUUUGCAUGUAUGUUGUUGCAUUGUCCAUUGUUGUUUCAGGACGGCCAGCCACUUUUCUUGAGGAUUUUAGGGUCACUUGGGCGGAUAACCAUGUAAGGCAACUUGAUGGUGGAAGGGGAAUACAACUUGUUCUCGACCAAAGUUCUGGCUGUGGGUUUGCGUCGAGGCGGCAAUACUUGUUUGGAAAAGUGAGCAUGAAAAUAAAGUUGGUUCCUGGCGACUCGGCAGGAACAGUGACUGCAUUUUACAUGAACUCAGACACGGACACAAUACGGGAUGAAUUAGACUUUGAGUUCUUGGGAAAUAGGAGUGGACAACCAUACACAGUUCAAACUAAUAUAUAUGCUCAUGGAAAGGGUGAUAGAGAGCAAAGGGUGAACUUGUGGUUCGACCCUGCAGCUGAUUUCCAUACUUAUUCAAUCAUGUGGACUCGUUGGCUAAUCAUAUUUGGUGUGGAUGAUAUCCCAAUAAGGGUAUAUAAGAACCACGAAGAGAAAGGGAUCCCAUAUCCAAAGUUACAACCAAUGGGAGUGUAUUCAACACUAUGGGAAGCGGAUGACUGGGCCACAAGAGGUGGUUUGGAGAAGAUUGAUUGGAAGAAAGCCCCAUUCUAUGCAUAUUACAAGGACUUUGACAUCGAGGGUUGCCCUGUCCCAGGGCCAGCAAACUGCCCUUCAAACCCCAACAAUUGGUGGGAAGGGACUGCCUAUAGGACUUUAAGCCCUGCCCAAGCAAAAAAUUACCAAUGGGUCAAAGCCAAUCAUAUGAUCUAUGACUAUUGCACCGACAAGUCUCGUUACCCUCAAACCCCGCCCGAGUGUGCUUUGGACAAUCUUUAAUUUGAAGUGUGGUGGAA